CACUAUGAAUUUCAUUUUUUUCUUCUAAAUUAAAUAAUAAAACCAACCCAUCAUUUUAGUAAGCCAUCUCUCUCUCUCUCUCUCUAAUACUCUCUCUGCAACUUCGCCGCUUCUCCAAUGGAACCUAUUGAAAAUAUCGGUGAUGAGUACCAAAACUAUUGGGAAACUAAAAUGUUUUUCCAGAAUGAAGAGCUUGAUAGCUGGGCCAUGGAUGAGGCGUUUUCCGGCUAUUACGAUUCCAGUUCGCCGGACGGUGCUGCUUCGUCGGCGGCUUCUAAGAAUAUUGUUUCAGAGAGAAAUAGGAGAAAGAAGCUUAAUGAAAGGCUCUUUGCUCUCAGAGCUGUAGUCCCUAACAUUAGCAAGAUGGACAAAGCUUCCAUCAUCAAAGACGCUAUUGAUUACAUUCAAGAACUUCAUGAACAAGAGAGAAGAAUUCAAGCAGAGAUAAUGGAACUGGAAUCUGGGAAAUUGAAGACGAAUCCUGCUAGGUAUGACGAAUUUGAGCAAGAGCUUCCUGUUUUGUUGAGAUCCAAGAAGAAGAAAAUUGAUCAAUUCUAUGAUUCUGGUGGCUCAAGAAGUUGCCCAAUUGAAGUUCUUGAGCUAAAUGUUGCAUAUAUGGCAGAGAAGACUCUGGUGGUGAGCUUGACGUGUAGUAAAAGAACAGAUACAAUGGUGAAGCUGUGCGAGGUAUUUGAAUCUUUGAAGCUCAAGAUUAUUACUGCCAAUAUCACUACUGUCUCUGGGAGGCUUCUCAAGACACUCUUCAUUGAGGCAGAUGAAGAAGAGAAAGAUCAUUUGAAGAUAAAAAUAGAAACAGCAAUUGCAGCUCUUAAUGAUCCACAAAGUCCUAUGAGCAUGUAACGAAUUUAAUCUCUUUGUUAUGAAUUUGGAGACUUUUGGCUGUUUUUUUCUCCUUUUCUUUUUUUGGGUCAUUGUUUACUUGAUGAACACUUUGUAGCAUUGUCUCUCUCAUGGUCAUCAUGUGCAUUACAAGCGAGAAAUAAAUGAGUUGAUGUUCGUGAGCUGGAAAUUAAUCUCAUAGUCAUGCGACUAAGUUUCCUUAGGGGUGAGUUUA